CAUUGAUUUGCGUGUACAUCACAAAUGGUGCACACACGACAUUAAGUACGUCUCAUACCACACGCAGUAUAAGCCGGCAGUCGACCCUAGCUAUCCACUCUAUGGCCCACUUAGCCACCCGGCCACUCACAAAUGAACGCGUCGACCACCAAUAAUCAGCAGCAGAGGCCCCAGCAACUCUUGGCCUCCUUGGGCACAUCAGCCAACAGGUCAUAAUAACGACCUGCAUGAGCACACACCAACACACACACACACACACACAGACACACACACGUUCUCCCUGUGUCUCGCGGGCAAAUCUCAUGGCAGUCCCACUCAAUCACUCACCAUUUUUCUUGCGAUAGGCGGGUGCCCAGAAGCAGUCGUUCAUAAACAGCGUGUAGCUGGUCAUCCUCGACCGCAGCACAUUCACCCCGUGGGCCGUCAUCCAAUACCCAGCAGUCUGCACAGAGAGAGAGGGGGGGGAGGGCAGAUGCAUCUGUGCGUUCAGCCACCAUCACACAUCUCCUUCAAGGCACGUACGUCCAGCACGGCAGGCAGCAGGAUGCGCGCGUCCUCCAGCUUCAUCCACUUGUGCAGGUACUCCUUCAUGAGAAACUCCUGAUGGAUGGACACAGAGAGAGACACAGAGAGAGACAGAGAGGUGUGUCGGGGUGUGUGUCUGUGGGGGAGGGGGGCUGGAGGUGGAGAUGGACUUGCCUGGUCCGAGAGGGAGUACAGGCAUUUCGCACCGCCGACGGGGUCGAUUGACAACUUCUCCUGAACAUACACAUGACAGACGCACCGACAGAUGGAUGGACGGAUCUCUCUCUAUCUCCCUCCCUCCCUCUCCCUGUCUGUCUGUCUGUGUCUGUGUGUGUGUGCACCGACCAUUUCGUCAAUGUGCUUCUCCGUGUAUGGAAUCAGCAGAUCCAACGCCUACAGGUGAACAGAGACACAGCACACACACACGAGAGAGGCCAGCCAGGUGUUCGUGCCUCUCUGUAUAUCUUUGUGUGUGGUUGCCCAGUGCCCACCUCGCAGGUUUCUGUGAGGCUCUCCUCGAAAGGCCUCUGGCGGAACCUCUUGGCCGCGUCCAUCAGCUUGGUCAGCCGCUGACCGACGCACAACAACAAAUGCAGAGACAGAGUGUGUGUGUCUCUCCCCAUGUUGUCAUCCUUCUCUCUUUCUCUCUCUGCCUCCCCAGUGGCUGUCUCUCUGUCUCUCUGUGUGUGUGUGGGUAUGUAUCUUUUGUGUGAUGUCUGUUGCUCAGUGCUUUAUUACCUCCAGGACGUCAUUGUAUCUGUCCCGGUAUGGCUGCUUGUACAGAGUGGUAAGCGGCGUGCACGACAUCCACGUGUCGAACAGGACCUUCUCCAACGCCAGCGCACGAUCCAUAAACACACCCACACUCUCACUGAACCACUGCACACACACACACACACACACGCACGAUGAAAGGAGUGAGUGGCGUCUUCGUGCGUGAGUGUGACCUGCAAAAACUGUUCCAGCCGCCACUUCUUGCCUUCGCGGAGCAAGGUCGUGAACCUCCGCAACUGCAGACAGGACAGCACCGACAUUGAAAUUAAUCGCCAAUCCAUCAAUUUUAUAUGCAGUCAAGAGGCCAUCCAUGUGGGCUGACUGCUCUUCCCGACCUGCUUGAGUUGUCUGCGGAUGGGCUCGUGAAGCAGUAGCAGCCACUCCUCCAACAGAUCACUACAGUCAGUACAGGCAGCCGGAUACAAACCGACACACAUGGCACAAAGAGGGAACAACCUUCACGUCUCCCUCCCGGCCUGCCUUCCUUGACCCUCCCUCACCUGGGCGCGGGAACGAUCUCACUGAGCACCUUGUCAGUGUACUUGGCCUCUUCGCUCGGAGUCAUCAUAACCGUGGGGUGGUGUCACAGCGUUGCAGACUUGCACAAACUUGCCACAAAGGAAACAGAAACGAAGCUGUACUGCGGUAACCGUUGGGCUGGGCUGCCUUAUCCAAAGACAGGGGACCGGAUCGAGGCUGGCGAGCCGAAAAUACAAAGAGGGAAGGGACAGAAAGACCGAUGCGAUGCGAUGUGGACCCGACAGUUCCUUCUGACAGCCAAACUUGCGCUGCAACAAAGACGCUUGACAAAGCCCUUCCGAGUCGAAGC